CAGUGAAGGGAUGUCAACACCGCACCUUAUAACACUUUUUUUGCCACGCCAUGUGAAAAGCAGCGGUGUUUAAGGGACUGGAGGUAAAGUAAAACGUAGCUAACGUCCCUUGCAUGUAAAAGCCAAGUUAUCCGUGGCGUCUGUGUGACUGAAGGUGAAAAAAAAUCGUAGCUAACGUCCCUUGAGUCCACGCAACUAAGAUUGGUCCGUGCGGCAGCUCCGUUCAGGCCGCGGCUUGUUUUUGUUGUUAUUGUCGUCAAAAUGGCGACUGGCGCUGAGGCCCCGGAGUCCUGGUACCUCGCCCUACUCGGUUUCGCCGAACAUUUUCGCACGUCAAGCCCACCGAAAAUCCGCUUGUGUGUACACUGUCUUCAGGCUGUGUUUCAGUUUAAACCUCCGCAGAGGGUAGAAGCCCGAACCCACCUUCAGCUCGGCUCGGUCUUGUACCACCACACCAAGAACAGCGACCUAGCCCGGAGUCAUCUGGAAAAAGCGUGGUGCAUCUCGCAACAAGUCCCACAGUUUGAAGAUGUUAAAUUUGAGGCUGCCAGUCUCCUCUCUGAGCUCUAUUGCCAGCAGAACUUGGUUGAUUCUGCUAAGCCUUUACUACGCAAAGCCAUCCAGAUCUCCCAACAGACCCCUUACUGGCACUGCAGAUUGUUAUUCCAGCUUGCACAACUGCACACGCUAGAGAAAGACUUAGUGUCUGCUUGUGAUCUGUUGGGUGUCGGUGCUGAAUAUGCCAGAGUCGUGGGAUCAGAAUAUACCAGAGCGCUGUUUCUUCUGAGCAAAGGGAUGUUGCUGCUGAUGGAGCGUAAACUCCAGGAGGUCCAUCCUUUGCUCACGUUGUGUGGGCAGAUCGUGGAGAACUGGCAGGGAAACCCCAUACAGAAGGAGUCCCUCCGGGUGUUUUUCCUAGUACUGCAGGUUACACAUUAUCUGGAUGCUGGACAGGUAAAGAGCGUAAAGCCAUGCUUGAAGCAGCUGCAGCAGUGUAUCCAGACCAUCUCAACACUUCACGAUGAUGAGAUCUUGCCCAGUAAUCCUGCGGACCUUUUCCACUGGCUGCCGAAGGAACAUAUGUGUGUGCUCGUCUACCUGGUGACUGUCAUGCACUCAAUGCAGGCUGGCUACCUGGAGAAGGCACAGAAGUACACAGACAAAGCUCUCAUGCAACUAGAGAAACUAAAGAUGUUGGACUGCAGUCCCAUCCUCUCUUCAUUCCAAGUCAUCUUGCUGGAGCACAUCAUCAUGUGUCGUCUGGUUACAGGCCACAAGGCGACAGCACUGCAGGAGAUUUCUCAGGUGUGUCAGCUGUGCCAGCAAUCUCCUCGCCUGUUCUCCAACCACGCUGCUCAGCUCCAUACCCUAUUAGGUUUGUACUGCAUUUCAGUGAACUGUAUGGACAACGCAGAGGCUCAGUUCACUACAGCUUUGCGGCUCACUACGCACCAGGAGCUGUGGACCUUCAUCGUGACCAACCUGGCCAGUGUCUACAUCAGAGAGGGCAACCGACACCAAGAGCUUUAUAGCCUACUAGAGAGGAUAAACCCUGACCACAACUUUCCUGUGAGUUCUCAUUGUCUGCGGGCUGCAGCCUUUUAUAUAAGAGGACUCCUCUCCUUUUUCCAGGGACGCUACAACGAGGCCAAACGCUUUCUGCGCGAGACUCUAAAGAUGUCCAAUGCUGAGGAUCUGAAUCGAUUGACUGCAUGCUCCCUUGUUCUUCUCGGACACAUAUUUUAUGUUCUGGGAAACCACAGGGAGAGCAACAACAUGGUGGUUCCAGCCAUGCAACUGGCCAGCAAGAUUCCUGACAUGUCUGUUCAGCUGUGGUCCUCUGCUCUGCUAAAAGAUCUGAACAAGGCCUGUGGGAACACGAUAGAUGCGCAUGAGGCGGCUCAGAUGCACCAGAACUUCUCCCAGCAGCUCCUGCAGGAUCACAUAGCUGCCUGCAGCCUGCCUGAACACAACCUCAUUAGUUGGACAGAUGGACCUCCACCAGUGCAGAUCCAAGCUCAGAAUGGACCCACAACCAGUCUGGCCAGCCUGCUUUGAAUAUCCAACACACAUUUUACACACUGAUGCAUACACACACCAUCUCACUCACUGUGAGCACACAAAUUGUAUAUACAGGUCAGCCUCUUCUGAGCCCUCACAAACACUCUCACACACAUACACACAUUAAAACUCAAAAGGAGAGAGGACUCCUCUGCCUUUGACCUGCAGAUUUUAUUUUAUCUUGUAUUGUUCAGAUUUUAACUUAUUCUUAUUGAACAUGGAUGCUGUUGGGGCAGCGGGAUUUUUUCAUUCAGUCUUGGAGAAUGUCUGGGGCGUCACUUUGGGCACGAUUAGUCCAAGUUUAGUGCUAAGUGCUUAUGAACCUCCACACAUGGCAAAAAACAGUUUUAUUGAGAGGCUUUGAGCAUAUGCCAUCUCAGACGUUAGUUCAGAAAAGACUUACUAUUUUAAUUGGCUGAUUGACUUCCAGGCAGGAAGUCAAUGGACGUCUAUGGACGUCUUUGACAAAGCUGUUAGUGAAGCUGUUCCUCUUCAUAUCAGUGAAAACUUCAAUUUAGUCUGAUUGGCCUAUUCUGCCAAGUGUGUACGUUCAUGUACAAACUCAGCUGGAAGAUACUUCCAACAGACCAGUGUUUUUUGUUUUUUUUUUCCCUCCAUAAUUUGUCAAUAAUUAACAUUUUUAAAAUUAAUUUAAUUCCAAUACAUUAUCCAUGACCGUAACCAGUUUAAGAUGAGACAUACUGAGGUGUGUAUUGGGUUUGCAUUGAAACAGUAAGGUGACCCAGUGAAGGGAGGUGGUUAAUUAUGCUGUAGCUGGAGACAGGCUGUUUUGGUUAACAGGCCAAAUGCUUUAAGUUAGUCUAGAGCUGAACUCAACCUAAACUAUGUUUGUCAGUUUUGUAUUACUUAUGUUUUUCAACCUAGUCUCUAUCUACCACAUCUGUCUUGAAGGGGCAUUUCACAGACUUUUCAACGAUUCUUCCUAAUUCUGUUGGUGAGAUAUAAACAAAGUCGUUCAGAGUGAUUUGAUGUGAAAUGGUUAAUUUUAGAGAAACUUACUGACUCAUAUUUUCCUUGUGAUGUUUACAAUGCAAAUAUACUCAUUCUAUUUACUAUCCAAAAUGACCAGCAAACAUACACGUGUCUUCUGAGUUUUAUAUGUUGAUCUUAACAGUUAAAUUAUGCAGCAAGUUUGGAAAAUCAGUGGAAUUCCCCUUUAAGAAAUCGUAGAAACUUUUACUCUUUAAGGCCUAUUAACACUAAAUUCAUGGACGAAAAAAAACACAAAGUUUUGAUAACAGUAGUUCAUAUUAAUGGCGUCUUUGACAUCAAGUCUGAAACUGGCAGACUGUGGCGCUGCAUAAAACUUUUAAUUAAAGCCAACUAACUAUCUGCUGUGUUGUCUGGAUGUGUUAAAAAUCAGGCUGACCAAUUAGAGCUUGGUUGUCAUGGUUGCUGUCGAAGCAAAUGUGAAUCAACGUAGCAGCAGAACAGCUCCUUUUGCUUUUGGCAGAGCACAAAACCUUAUACAACAAGUAACAUGCUGACUGUAAAAAUGCGGAACUUAAAGAAAAUAUAUAGGGGACCAAUGCUGAAAGGCUGGGAAAUUAUUGUGUGUACAACAUAACUAACUUUUUUUUAAGUUUAUUUAGGUGUUUCCCAUUCUGUUCAUGUCCAGCCUUUUUCAUAGAAUGAUUGUAGUAUGUGCGCCUUUUAGUUUCGGUGCUUAACUGUAAAGUUAUAAAUUCGCUAGAAUUUAUUCGGUAGUGAUAAAAUUUUUUUCCUCUCUUUUCUUGCGCUCAGAGUGUUUUAAAAAAAGACACACCGGAUUUUGUAAGAAGGUUUCACUACAUUACAAUUUACAUCCUUUUCCUUUACACCACCAUUUACUUGUCAGUAACUGUGAAGUGUUUCCAUAUGUUUAUAAAAGAAAAACCUGCGUAUAGUAGACAUGCAGACUUAUAAUAGAGGCCAGUGGACAGUUCUUCAACGUGAGAUGUUUGAGUCAACAUCUUGUCAAUUAUUUUCUGAGAACGAGGAAACGUGUCUGAAUUAUUGUAUAUAGUGAUCAGUUGUACAAUACAGAUGUGGCAGAAAGAGAUUAGUAUGAAAAACACUGGAGUAUUUCUUGAAAUUAAUCCUAGAAUUGGCCUGUUGGCCCACUAAUUUAUGGCAGUAGUCAGUCCCCUGUAUUCAGAGUCUUGUCUUUGAGAGCUACAGAGCAGAAAGCAGUGUUGCCUAGUCUGAAUAGGCGUAAAGAAAUAGUGGCCAAAGCAAAAGGCUGGUUUCAAAGCAGAAGAGCUUGUACGGCAGCUAAAAGCUUAGGAAUAGAACACAACAAAAUCCAUUGGGAUGUUUCAGUUUGUUGCACCUUGGGUCAAUGUGGGUCUCUGUAAUGCUGUCUAAUCCACAUCUCUAAGUAUUGUUUCAGCAUUGUUGUGAGUUUUUUUAUUAUUCUAUUUCAUCACUUAUUUUUUUUAACUGUAUCUAAAAUGAGUAACUAAAUGCAUAGUAAUCUUUCUUUUUGCAAUGUAUGUCUUGUGGGGGUACUCUGAAGUAUGUAUAGAAUUUUUCUAUUUUGAGUGCUGCAGCUCUUUUGGCAGCAUAUUAAAUUUCUUUAUCAAUGACAGUUUUAGUAAAA